GUGUUCUUUCCAGGGAGCAAUGAAGGCUUAAGCCGCAUGCUUCACAAUACAGAAGGCCUUUGGGGAAAGAUCCGCGCGAUUCCAUUGAUAUCUAUGCGUUCCCAUCUGAUCUUGGUGCUGCUCCUGUGUGUGCUGCCGUGCGUAUACCGGGCAGCAGCAGCAGCAGAUCAGUGCGUUUAUCCAUCCGAUUCGGCUCUGUUUGACCUGCACCGAGACGGGCAGCAGCAGCAGCAGCAGCAGUCGGCGAGUGAUUCCGAUGGAGGGGAGGCGAGACGGAGGACUGACGAGGCGGAUGUGGUGACUGUCCAUUUGAUUCAUCACACACACGAUGACGUCGGGUGGCUCAAGACUGUGGACCAGGUGAACAGCAUCUCUCAAGAGGCUUGCUUGUGUGUCUGUCUAUUGUGUCGUGCUUGUGGUGUGUGUGUGUCAGUACCACAUGGGUCUGAACAACAGCAUCCAGUGGGCGUAUGUGUCGAUGGUUCUCGACACAGUCACCGACGCCGUCGACCCAUAUCACAUCCAGUAAGGCAGCCGACACACACACACACUCUCUCUCUCUCUCUCGUACGCGAUUGUCUCCCUCUCUCUGCGUGUGUGCAGGUAUGGAGCCAACCCGUAUCGUAAGUUCACCUACGUCGAGAUGGGCUUCUUCUGGUCAGCUCAGUCACACACACACACACACACACUCACUGGAUGAGUGUGCAUAUCUGCGUGCGUAGGCGUUGGUGGCGCCAGCAGAGCCGCAACAAGCAACGGCAGGUGCACCGGCUGGUCAUGGGAAGGCGGCUGCAGUUUGUCAAUGGCGGAUGGUGUAUGCACGACGAAGCUGCCGCACACUACAGGUUUGUUUCCUGUGCACACAUACACAUGCAGAGGCGCAGAUGUCUGUGUGUGUCUGUGUGUGGCAGCGACAUGAUCCAGCAGAUGACCUUCGGCCACCUCUUUCUGCUCAAGACCUUCAGGCUGAGACCUACCAUCGGUCAGCACACACAGUGGCACACAUAACACACAUGCAUCUGUGGAUGGAUGCAGGCUGGCAGAUCGAUCCCUUCGGCCACAGCGCCACCAACGCCUACCUCUCCACACUCAUGGGCUUCGACGGAUGGUUCUUCGCAAGAAUGGACUACCAGGUACACCGCCUUUCCUCGCUCCCCCUCCCCUCCCCUCCCCUUACCGACACACCGACAUAUGCCCACCAUGUGUGUGUGUGCAUCUCUGGUGCAGGAGAAAGCGCGUCGCGUCAAUGACCGUUCGCUGGAGAUGGUGAUGCACCCACGGGACCCCUCUGAUCGAAUGGUUGGCGGCGGCAUCUACACCAUGUGCAUGGCCGACCACUACUGCUCGCCGCCGGGCUUCUGCGCCGACCAUGUGUGCAGAGACCAACUCAUACAAGUGAGUCGGGAGACAGAGAGCAUAUGUGUGUGGGAUAUGUGUGUGGGAUAUGUGUGUGGGCGUUUGUAGGACGAUCCUCGGCUGGAUGACUACAACGUCGAGCAGCGGGCGACCGAGUUCCUGAAACACGUGGAAGAGUACCACAAAGCCUUCAGGACGAGCCACUUGCUGGUGCCGAUGGGCUGUGACUUCACGUAAGUCCCCUCCCACACACACAGAUACACACACACACAUAUACACAUGGAUGCACACGUGUUGAUGUGUGUUGAGUGACCCUGCAGGCAUUCUGAUGCGGCGCUGAACUUCGCAGAGAGCGAGAAGCUCAUGAGGUACAUCAACCAGCGGUCGUCAUCUCUCGGCUAUCGGCUGAUCUACUCCACCCCGGCGCAGUACCUAGCGUCGAUCCACGACACCCACACCACCCUCCCCAUCAAAGGCACCUUUAGAUCUAGCCGCUCACACAGACACACACAGCGCCCCCACCGUGUUGUGUGUAUGUGUGUUUCACAGAGACUAAUGACGACUUCUUCCCCUACGCAGACGGCCCCCAUCGCUUCUGGACGGGCUACUUCACCACACGGCCGACAUUCAAACGUACACACACACACACACACAACUCACGCAUACGAGACAUAUGUGUGUGUGUCUGGGUGUCUGUCUUGUCAGGGUAUGUGCGGGAGUGCAGCGCAUUGCUGCAGGCGUAUGAGGGCCUUAUCGCCAGACACAUGAUCGGGUCAGUGGGACGGACACACAACACAGACACACGAAUAUCCAUACAAAUGGCGUCCGUCAAUGCAGUCAUAUCGACAGCACAACACGGUGGCCGACGCACCGCUAUAUGGACCAUUCAGCCCUGUUCGACCUGCGGGAGAGACUCGCCAUUGCGCAGCACCAUGAUGCAGGCAAGUGUACACCCACACACAUACACACACACGGAAAAGACAGAGGGAGGGAGGGAGGGAGGGAGGGACCGUGUGCGUGUGUCUGUGUGUCAAUACAGUAUCUGGCACGGCCAAGCAGCACGUGUCUGACGACUACACCAAGAGUCUCGCAGAUGCGCGGCACAGAGUGGAACAGGUGCGUGAACUGCAUUCGGAAAGAGAGAGAUGCAUGUGUGUGUGGAUGGAUGGAUGGAUUUGCAGGCGAUGGGACAAAUAUUUGCUCACCACGGCUAUGGCUACCCUGACCAACAAGUGCCGUUCGAGCCCUGCCCCUACGCCAACAUCUCUGUGUGCCACAUGACCGAGCACCUCACACCAGGUCAGGCCCACACGCACACACGCAUACACACACAAUACACAUACACACAUUGUCUGUGCAUGUGCCAUGUCUGUAUGUGUGUGUGUGCAGGCAGUAAUGCGUCGGUGGUGGUGGGUGUGUACAACCCCCUUGCAUGGACCAGACACAACGUACGUACCUUCCCUCUCCCCGGCCCAGCCCCCAUUCGCACACAACCACACAUGGACAAUUCAUUUGUGUGUUCAGGUGACGGUGUCCUUCCCUGUGCCCACGGCCAACCUCUCUGUCAGCGGCGGAUACACCUUCGCUGUGGAGGCAGCAUGGCCCUUCCCGUCAGACCAGCAGCCCACCACCAUCCCAGGACGGCAGAACUACACAUUGAAGGUCAGGCCAUCCAUCUGUCACACACAUGGAUGGACGUGUGUGUGUGUGCGUGUGUCUGUAGGUGUCGGUGCCGGACAUCCCGCCUCUUUCUUUCGUCUACUUCACCGUCAAUGUGACUAAAGAGGGCAGAAAUGAGCCAGCACCCACCAGAACAGCAGCAGCAGCAGGGAGGGUCAUGCGCGGAGGCCAGCAGCACCAGCAGCAAGGCGGCCCUCCGACCACCAUCGAAAGCGACGUCUAUCGCCUCACCUUCGACGCAAGUGAGACCCCACGCCCACGCCCACCCCCCCACCACCCCAAUACACACACAAAUGCCCAUGUAUGUAUGUGUGCAGGUGGGUCGCUGACAUCCAUCACCAACAAGCCCACCAACACCACCGUCGAUGCGCGUCACACCAUGCAGUACUACCGGUCGUUCGGCCCCGACAGCGACCAGAACAGCGGCGCCUACAUCUUCCGCCCAAACACCACCGACCGCGUGAAAUACGACGCGCCCGUCAAGGCGUUCCAAGUUCGUGUGCAUGUGUGUGUGUGUGUACGUGAUGGGUUUCCCCCACUCUCUCUGUGUGUCCGUGUGUGUGUGUGUAGGUGACGAGAAGCGGUCCCUGGGAGUGUCUGGUGCAGCUGUUAGAUGGGGCGGAGAGCGCCUCGUGUGACGAGGCCAACUGGCCCGCAUUCUUCCGGUACUGCGUGACCGACGGCAGCGACGCCAUCGAUGUCGACUGGAGUGUCGGGCCGAUCUACAUCGAUGACAAGGCACGCACACACACAAUGGAUGAAUGGCUGGCCGCACGGAUGACCAUUUCUCCCUUCCUCCCUCCCUGUGUGUGUCGAUGCAGCAAGGGAAGGAGUUCGUGUCGAUGUGGUCAUUGCCAGCCGUCAAUUCCUCCGCUGCCAUGGCCGUCGACAGCAACGGGCUGGCCAUGGUCCGCCGCACCCGCGACCAAAGACAGUCCUUCGCACUCAAUGUGACCGACACAGAGGCGGGCAACUACUACCCCAUCAACUCGGCUGCUUAUGUGGAAGACGCGAGUACCGGGGUACGUACGUUUGGAGGCAUCUUUGUGUGUGGAUGGAUGGAUGGAUGAAUGCGCGUGUGCGUGGACGUCCUUAGGUGCGGUUCACCGUGCUGGUUGACCGUGCGCAAGGUGCGGCUUCGCUGGCGGACGGGCAGAUCGAAACCAUGAUACACCGACGGUGGGUGGGGGGGCAGGCAGACACGUACGUGUGUGUGUGUGCAUCCAUUCUCUCUCUCCAUGUCUGUAUCGGUGAAUCAGGACGGUCUACGACGACAAUCGUGGUGUGGCCGAGCCCAUCAACGAGACCCACCCGAUGUACCCAACCGACGACGGCAAAGGCCUCCGCGUCAGAGGCACACACAGGGUGGUCCUCAGCACCGACACAGCCAUCCAGCGGGCACUCGAGCAGGAGAUCUACCAUGACCCUAUCGUCAUGUUCGCAUCAUCACCACCACCAGCAGCGGUCGCACAGCCUCACGUGGCAAUGAUUGAGCCGCUGCCGAGGAAUCUCCAUUUGCUGACCUUCUCGCCGGUGCCGUGGUUCGGCGGACGUGGGCGGUGCUGUGAGAGGGGGAGGGGCCGUGGAGCGGUGGUGCUGGUCAGGCUGAGGCAUCUGUACGACGUGGGUGAAGACGCUAACAUGAGUGUGCCCGUGCAGGUAUGUGCCGACAUCAACACACAACAUGGAACGCAUUCACGGCCGUCUGUGCAUUCAUUGUGUCCUCUGUCUCUUGUUUCUGGUGUGUGUAUGGUUGUCAUAGUAUGACCUUGCCGGACUCUUCCCAGGCGUCUCGCCCCAGCAGCUCUCAGCCAGGGAGACCACCGUCACGGCCAACUCCCUGCUGCACCGCGCCAUGGACAGGAGAAUGGUCUUCCCCACACAAUCUGACACAACACUGGCCGCAUUCAGCGUACAUGGUGAUGGUGAUGAAUCAACACUGCUCGUGACGAUGCUGCCCGGCGAGAUUCGCACUUGGAGCGUGCUGGUGCGGCCGAGAUACGACGAUUUGUCUUUGUUGUGUGAUUGUGAGGAGGGCGUGGGCGGCGAUGAGUGUGUGUCGUAUUGGGAUGUGCUGACAGAGGGGGGGAGAGGGGGAGAGGGAGGGGGAGGGGGGGAGCAAGGCUCAGACAGAGACCAUGUGGUGGUCGUCGAGUGAGAGAUGGUGUGGUGACUUUUUUGUGUCCCGCGAGCAAGUUUGUGCUGUUCAGCGGGCAAGGUUUUUGGUGGGCGAGUAAGUUUCUGUGUCUGUCUGUGUAUGUGUGCAUACUUGGCGUCCGUCUGCGUAUGUGCCUGUCCGUUCGUUUGUGUGUGAAGGUGUUUUCCCGUGACGCUUUAUCGUACGGAUCUGCAUAGCGAUAAGCCAAACACAUGCAGUGACUGUUGCUUGAGCGGCCCUUCGUUGUCCAC